AUGCUUCUCCCAAUCCACUGGUGCUACCUCAGCAUCAUCGCCACGUUAGCCAUCUUCCUCUCAACGACCCCGUUUUCCGACGCCCAAUCCUGUAACGGCAUCCUCGUCUCGUACGCCUACACCGGCGGCUUGCGGCUGCCUCCGAAUGUCUCCGACGCGACGGAGCAGCCGUACCGGUUCGAGUCGACGUUGACGGUGCUCAACAACGGCCUCGAUGAGCUCAAGUCGUGGAAGGUCUUCGUGGGGUUCGACCACAACGAGUUGUUGGUCUCUGCGUCCAAUGCGGUGCUCGCUGACGGCACCACCCUCCCCGCCGCCGUCGGAAACGGCACUGUUUUCGCUGGCUACCCCAUGACUGAUCUCAAGACCGCCGUUGCUACGGCCGGUGACUUGACCCAGAUGCAGGUUCAGAUCGACCUCGUAGGCACCGUGUUCGGGGUGGCGCCGCCCAGUGUUCCGAUGCCAAAAUCCAUCAACCUUGCCAAUGAUGGUUUUCUCUGUCGUAAAGCCACCACCCAAGGGAAUAAUGCGAGUAGUGUGUGCUGCACGAGAGAUCCCAAAUUCAAAACUAACAUUACCACGGAUGAAGAGUUUCUGCCACGUCAGAAUGGUGAUCUUAGCAUUAUGUAUGAUGUGAUAAGAACCUAUGACUCUAAUUACUGGGCUGAGGUUACUAUUGCAAACCAUAACCCACUUGGGAGGCUUGAUAACUGGAAGUUGAGCUGGGACUGGAUGAAUGAUGAGUUUAUAUUUACAAUGAAAGGUGCUUAUCCUUCUGUCGUGGAUGCUUCUGAUUGUCUGUUUGGUAAGCAAGGUACAUUCUACAAGGAUCUUGACUUCGCCAAUGUUUUGAAUUGUGAGAGAAGGCCAACCAUAAUUGAUCUCCCUCCCACCAAGUUCAAUGAUUCUGACCUUGGGAAGAUUCCCUUUUGCUGCCGGAAUGGUACUAUUUUGCCGCCCUCCAUGGACCCUAGCAUGUCAGCUUCAAGAUUCCAAAUGCAGGUCUACAAGAUGCCACCGGCGCUUAACCGGUCCCAACUUUCACCACCGCAGAACUGGAAGAUAAGUGGUACACUCAACCCUGACUAUAAAUGUGGCCCGCCUGUAAGAGUGAGUCCUACGGAAAACCCGGAUCCUUCUGGCUUACCGUCCAAUAAAACUGUGAUGGCUAGUUGGCAGGUUGUGUGCAACAUUACAACAGCCAAGGGAACAUCAAGUAAAUGCUGUGUCUCAUUUUCAGCUUAUUACAAUGAUUCUGUUAUUCCAUGCAAAACAUGUGCUUGUGGAUGCCCCAAGAAUACAGAGAGAACAUGUAGUACUACUGCUCCGGCAAUGUGGCUUCCACCAGAGGCACUUCUUGUUCCUUUUGAAAAUCGAACCGCCAAGGCCAUUGCUUGGGCAAGCCUGAAACAUCUUCAAGUGCCAAACCCGCUGCCGUGUAGUGAUAACUGUGGUGUGAGCAUCAACUGGCAUUUGUACACAGAUUACACUAAAGGAUGGAGUGCAAGGGUGACACUUUUUAACUGGGGUGAGACCAAUUUUGCCGACUGGUUUGCUGCAGUACAAAUGGACAAAGCAGCUGCAGGUUUUGAGAAAAUGUAUUCAUUCAAUGCAACUCUUCUUGAUGGUGUAAACAAUACCAUUAUUAUGCAAGGUUUGCCAGGAUUGAACUACCUUGUAGCAGAAGCAGAUGGAGCUGACCCUCUAAGAGAUCCUAGGGUGCCUGGUAAACAACAGUCAGUGAUCUCUUUCACAAAGAAACUUACUCCUGGAAUCAAUGUGGCUCGUGGAGAUGGUUUUCCCACUAAAGUCUUUUUCAAUGGAGAGGAAUGCUCUCUUCCUUCCGUGUAUCCAAGUAGUGGUUCUAGGAAUGGUUUUUCAUUGGCUACAUCAAUGCUUAUAUCACUGUUUCUGAUCCUCUUGAUGCGGUGA